UGCACUCACAGGUGUGUCUGAUUGUUUGUAGUUCAGCUUGGAUCAGAGGGGUGUUCAAAGAUGCUUGUUAUCUCUACAGUCCUGCGUAGCUCUGCGACCAAAAGUGCUGCCAGAGGCUUGGCUGUAUCCCGUAACUAUGCAGACUUUGCUUCAGAGGCGACUUUUGAAACUAAGAAAUGUGAUGGCUUCCUCCUUGAGACACUGCCUCCCACUACAGCUGUGCUAACACGUGAGCAGGGCCUGUCAUACUACAAGACAAUGCAGACAAUUCGCAGAAUGGAGCUGAAAGCUGACCAGCUGUACAAACAAAAGAUCAUCAGAGGUUUCUGCCACUUGUAUGAUGGUCAGGAAGCCUGCUGUGUUGGUAUUGAAGCUGCUCUCAAACAUGAAGACCACUUGAUAACCUCUUACAGAGAUCAUGCCUUCACCUUCACUCGAGGGGUUCCUGUAAAACAUGUCCUGGCUGAGCUUACAGGGAGAAGAAGCGGUUGUGCCAAGGGAAAAGGAGGAUCCAUGCACAUGUAUACUAGAAACUUCUAUGGUGGGAAUGGCAUAGUGGGUGCUCAGAUACCUCUUGGCGCAGGUGUUGCGUGGGCUUGUAAAUAUAAUGGCACAGGUGGUGUCUGUGUGGCAAUGCAUGGUGAUGGUGCUGCCAAUCAGGGCCAGAUUUUUGAGACCUAUAACAUGGCUGCCUUGUGGAAGCUGCCUUGUGUCUUCAUUUGCGAGAACAACCGGUACGGAAUGGGCACAUCUGUUGAGAGAGCUGCAGCAAGUACAGAUUAUUACAAGAGAGGGGAAUUUAUCCCUGGCCUUAGAUUGGAUGGUAUGGAUGUUCUCUGUGUGAGGGAGGCAACAAAGUUUGCUGCAGAAUAUUGCAGAGCAGGAAAGGGGCCUAUCUUGCUGGAACUGCAGACGUAUCGUUUCCACGGGCACAGUAUGAGUGAUCCUGGAGUCAGCUACCGUACAAGAGAAGAAAUUCAAGAAGUAAAAAGCAAAAGUGAUCCAAUUACUCUACUGAAGGACAAAAUGGUAAACAAAAACCUUUCCAGUGCAGAAGAACUUAAGGAAAUUGAUGUUGCUGUGAAGAAAUUAAUUGAAGAGGCUGCACAAUUUGCUACUACAGAUGCUGAACCACCAUUGGAAGAUCUAGCCAAUCACAUCUACUACAAAGAACCACCCUUUGAAGUGCGUGGAUGCCAUCCUUGGAUAAAGUACAAGUCUGUCUGUUAGAACCUGUGUACAGAUGAAUAUUUGGCAUGAACUCAAGUUAUGAUUGGAUGUUCUUGGGAGCAUGUGUAAAUGUCUAGUGUUUGAGCAAUAAAUGCAUUAAACUAA